UACUCUCACCAAAUCUUUAUGUCCUCAUUCUCAUUCCAAUUCCCCCCCUACCUUCAAUUCCUCUGCAUCUCUAAGCAACAACAAUGUUUCAGGAUAACGAUGGAUCCUCGUCCAUAACUUCCUUGUCGCCGAGGAUGCCCGCCGGAUUUGGGUCGCUGUGUCACUGGUUCAAGGAAUUGAAGCCGGAGGAAAGAGGCCUUUAUCUUAUCCACCUCCUUCUCACCUGCGCUAAUCACGUCGCCGGCGGCGCCCUCGACAGCGCCAACGUCGCACUCGACCAAAUCUCCCACCUCGCCUCUCCCGACGGCGACACCAUGCAGCGCAUCGCUUCCUAUUUCGCCGAGGCCCUCGCCGAUAGGAUUCUCCGGUCGUGGCCGGGUCUUUACAAGGCCCUGCAUUCCACUAGACUCCCGGUUCUCUCCGAUCAAGUCACGGCCAAGAAAAUACUUUACGACCUUUUCCCUUUCUUGAAGGUGGCUUUCAUGGUGACUAACCAAGCCAUAAUCGAAGCCAUGGAAGGGGAAAAGCUAGUCCACAUCAUAGACCUCAACGCCGCCGAGCCCACCCAGUGGCGGCCACUUCUCCAGGACUUGAGCGCCCGCCCUGAAGGCCCGCCGCAUCUCCGCAUAACCGGCGUUCACCCCCACCGAGAGCCCCUAGACCAAAUGGCCCGAGCCCUCACCGACGAAGCCGAGAAGCUCGACAUCCCUUUCCAGUUCACCCCAAUCGUAACCCACCUCGAAACCCUAGAUUUCCAACAACUCCGCGUAAAAACCGGCGAGGCUCUCGCCAUCACCUCCUCCUUAAAACUCCACACUCUCCUCGCCCACAACCACGAACCCGGAAAAAACCCUAACCCCCAAAGAUUGGGGGACAACAAUUUUCUCGAAAACCACAAAAUCAAAGGAUUCCUCGACGCCAUACGAGGAUUAUCCCCCAAAAUCGUGGUGAUCUCCGAGCAAGAGAGCAACCACAACGGGGAAACUCUCAUGCAGAGACUAUCAGAGUCGCUCCACUACUAUGCAGCAUUUUUCGACUGCCUAGAAUCCACGCUGCCCCGAACAUCAUCGGACAGACUAAAGGCGGAGAAGCUGCUGUUGGGCGAGGAGAUCAAGAACAUCAUAGCCUGCGAGGGAAUCGAGAGGAAAGAACGGCACGAGAAGCUGGAUAAAUGGUUCUGGAGAUUCGGGUCGUCGGGCUUCUGGAACGUGCCGCUUAGCUACUACGCCAUGUUGCAAGCUCGGAGGUAUUUGCAGAGCUGCCGGUGCGAUGGGUAUAAUGUUAAGGAAGAAAAUGGGUGCGUGGUGAUAUGCUGGCAAGAUCGAGCGCUGUUCUCUGUGUCGUGUUGGAGGUGCAGGAGAUAAGCGAACCUAGGAGAACACGAUUGGUUGGUUUGGUUAGACUUGGUUCAUCGUACCAAACGAACAUAGGACAGAGAUAGUGUUGUGUUGUGUUGUAGUAUGUUUGUUCAUGAUGCUUUCAUUUACUUCUCAACAAAUUGGUCCGUCAACCAAGUUUAGCCAAGUAUUGUAUAGUAUUUCUUUUGUAGUUUUAGCUUUUGUAUUGAGGAUAAUCUUUUUGGACUAUUAAUUUAGUGGCAUGAAGUGAUUCUUCCAUA